AUGAGUCUAACCAGUUCAUGUCAUCACGACGGAUUGGAGAUCUCCUUUGUUAAGCAGCCUCCCCAAGAGCUCCAGCUAGAAUGCUCCAUUUGCCUCCAACUGCUCACCGACCCAUCGGUCAUUGGCUGUGAAUGUGGUAGCAACUUCUGCAACCCGUGUAUUACUACCAUCAAAAAGAGACACAAUCCUUGUCCCCUGUGUACCAACGAUUUACAACCGAGGGAUGGCUGCUCCUGGAUAGACGAAGUUGGCAAGCUCAAGAAGCACCUCAAUCGAAUGCCAUCCAAUGAGACAAGACUAGAAGGCUGUGGGUUCACCGAUGUGUUGUGUCAGUACUGCAAGAAGUUCAUUCUUCGUAAAGAUAUCCCUACACACGAAGCUAAAACAUGUCCGAAGAAGCCAUACACUUAUCAGUAUUGCGGCCACUUCUCUUCCUUUGAUAACAUCAGAGAGAACCACUGGCCCGUCUGCUCCCAGUUCCCUGUCCCCUGUCCAUAUGCGUGUGGGGAGAAACCCCAACGUCAAGGCCUGGUGCUUCAUGCGGAGCAAAAAUGUUUGUUGACCCCUGUACAGUGCGAGUUCCGGUAUGCUGGUUGUGAGGUGGAGCUAACCCGACGAAACAUGGCCAAUCAUCUAAGAUAUAGCAUCGUGGAUCACAUGACUUUGAUGUCCCUCAAACACACGGAGAGUAUGAACGGCUUAAAGGAAGAGAACAAACUUUUAAAGCAACAAGGUGUUGAUUUGAGGGAGGAGAACAAACGUUUGCAUCCCAAUUGA